UAAAUAAAAUAGAAAAACAUUUGUAUUAUUAGCAGCUUUUUAUAUAGAACGUGCAUUGGAUAAUCUGGAGCUAUGGACAAGCUGCGACGUGUGUUAAGUGGCGAUGAGCCGACGCCAGAGGAAGAGAGCAGCAUCAUUACUCAGAUUAAUGAUAUGUCAACGCUUAGCUGGAGCACUCGCAUUAAGGCCUUCUGCAUAUGUUUUGUCUUGGGAAUAUUGUUAUCAUUUUUGGGCUCCAUAGCGCUGUUUCUACAUAGCGGCAUCGUUGUCUUUGCCGUUUUCUAUACAAUAGGAAAUUUGGUAUCCAUGGCCAGCACGUGCUUUCUCAUGGGACCCUUUAAGCAGAUCAAGAAAAUGUUUGCGGAAACUCGUCUGAUUGCGACUAGCAUUGUUAUUGUUUCAAUUGUCAUGACAUUCGUAUCAGCCAUUGUGUUGAAAAAAGCUGGACUCACGCUUAUAUUCAUUAUCAUACAAUCCCUGGCCAUGACCUGGUAUUCGCUAUCCUAUAUACCCUAUGCACGAGAUGCGGUUAGGAACACAGUCUCCGCAUGCUUUGAAGUGUAGUUUUAGCAACAACAACAUUUCAUAAAUCUAAAUUUUUGUAAUUAUCUAUCUAAUAUGUAUUAUUGAUGAUUUGCUUAUGUAGUUGUUAAUUUUUCUUACAUUUGCAAAACAAAA